AUGUCUUCGAAGUUUGAUCUAACAGAUGCACUUCUUGAGAAGACGCCUCAGGAUAGUGUUGGACAACCGAUUGAGCAAGAGGAGCCCAAAAGUCGCCGUAUGCUCUCUCGUCUUUCCUUUCUACUACCAAUAGCAUUCACUUUACUAUCGUUUUACGUCAGAUUUCAUAACAUUGAUAAGAACAACUACGUGGUUUGGGAUGAGGCACACUUUGGUAAGUUUGGUUCCUACUAUAUCAAGCACGAAUUUUAUCACGAUGUUCAUCCACCACUGGGCAAGAUGUUAAUUGCCUUUACUGAAUGGUUGGCAGGCUUUAAUGGAGACUUUAAUUUUGAUUCAAACCACGAAUACCCUGAGCAUGUUAACUUCAAGAGAAUUCGUCAGUAUAAUGCUGUUUUUGGAGCACUUUGUACACCUUUGGCAUACUAUACAGCUGGAAAUAUGGGAUUCAGUACGUUGACUACUUGUUUCGUUACUUUGAUGGUGACUCUAGAACACUCAUUCAUUGUCCUUUCCAAAUUCAUUCUGCUUGACUCCAUGCUGUUAUUCUUCACACUGACAACAUUCUUCUGUAUGACCAAACUCUUCACCUUGAGAGCUACUCCGUUCACCAAAAGUUGGUCCUGGUGGAUGCUUUUAACUGGCGUUUCAAUUGGGUGUGUGUGUUCAGUGAAAUGGGUGGGAUUAUUUAUUACCGUCGUGGUCGGCUUGUACACAAUCAUGGAGCUUUAUUCCUUCCAUUGUAAUCCGCUUUUAUCAAGAAAAACUGUUCUGAAACAUUGGACAAUAAGAAUCAUUGAUUUGAUCGCGAUUCCAUUUCUGAUUUAUCUAUUCUGCUUUAAGAUACAUUUUACUAUUCUCUACAAGUCUGGGACAGGCGAUGCGUCAACGAAUACUCUUUUUCAAAUCAAUCUAGAGAACAAUAAGAUCGAAAAUAGUCCAAGAGAUGUCGUGUAUGGAUCAGACGUUACUAUCAGAUCUCAUGGAUUGAGUCCCAACCUUCUUCACUCCCAUGUUCAAACAUAUCCAGGUGGUUCUAACCAAAAACAGGUUACAGGUUACGGCUUUGCUGAUGGCAACAAUAUUUGGCAGAUAAAAUUCCCAAGGUCGUCUGCGAAUCAAUUGGACUUUAACAAUACACUCAAUGGCCAGAUCCUGACAGUCAGAGACGGCGAUGAAAUUCGCUUACAGCAUAAAGAAACUAAAACCAAUCUUCACUCCCAUGAAAUCGCAGCCCACGUCUCUCGUGGCUGCUACGAAGUUUCGGGAUAUGGUUCUGAGGAAAUCGGGGAUGGAAAAGAUGACUGGAUUAUUGAGAUAGUUGAGCAGAGGAAAUCGUCUAAUCCAGAAUUCCCUACAGAAGAUCAAACCACUCUUCACCCAGUGUCAACCUUCUUCAGACUCAGACAUAAAGAGUUAGGAUGCUACUUAACUUCUACAGGUCUAUCCUAUCCACCUUGGGGGUUCAAGCAGGCGGAAAUUGUGUGCAAAUACUCAUGGAGUAAAAUGGAUAAGUCAACUUGGUGGAAUGUUGAAGAACAUUGGAAUGAUCAUCUAGAGAGUUCGCCUAAUUAUCUUCCUCCAAAAUCAAAAUUCUGGACAGACUUUGUUCUCAUAAAUUUCGCUAUGGCUUCUUCAAAUAACGCCUUAAUACCUGAUGAGGACAAGUAUGAUAACUUAGCUUCAAAAGCAUGGGAAUGGCCUACUUUGCAUACGGGUUUGAGGAUGUGCAGCUGGUCAAGAGAUCUAUACAGAUAUUAUCUGUUGGGCUCGCCGUUCAAUACAUGGCUGUCAACUGCAUCCUUAGUUCUUUUUAUCUUUAUUUUGAUAAAGUUGCUAUUCCAGUGGAGAAGACAAUCAGUCAAUAUAACAGAAGACCAAUUUUGGAACUUAGCCAUCCAAGGCGGAUUUCCUUUCAUCGCUUGGUUGGCUCAUUACCUUCCCUUCGUCACAAUGGGGAGAGUCACCUAUGUGCAUCAUUAUGUGCCCGCCUUAUAUUUUGCCAUGUUGGUUUGCGGGUUUGUCCUUGAGUACUGCUUCAAGAACACCAAAUCUUACGUGAGGUAUAGCGUGUACGCGUUACUAUUUGCUGGUUGUACAUAUACAUACAUCUAUUUUUCGCCGUUGUGUCAGGGAAUGCAUGGGCCAGGAGUGAGGUAUUCCAAGCUUCAAUGGCUACCAGGCUGGGAUAUAGUUUUGUGA